CUUGGUUGAAAUGCACAGCAGUUAGGGGGGAGCUGGGCUGGACCGCUAGUGGUUCUCUGUGUCUGGGGAGGAAGUGAGACAAUGUUACCUUUAUCACACUGAACCAUGCUCAGAAGUCUGCUUGACCGAUGGCAAACGAGUCUAUACUGCUGCCACUAAGCGGUUUAGAGCUAGUUAUUUGUGAUGUGUAAUCUGAUGUGCUGGGAACUGAAGACCCCUGCCUCAUUCAGUGCACAGGAUGGAUAGUACUCUGGGAAUGCACCAGGUGGCAUUUGAGUCAGAAAAUACCUUUGGAAUCUCUGACAUCCAUAUGGCUAUGUAUGAUGAAGAUCUCUUGAAAAAUCCUUUUUAUUUGGCUAUUCAGAAACGUCGUCCUGACCUUUGCAGGAAAGUUGCAGAAUUCCAUGGUAUUAUAUUAGUACCGUGCAAAGGGAGCCUUUCAAGCAGCAGUCUCUCUACCUGCCAAUUUGAUUCCUAUGUUCUAAAACCAGUGGAAGAAAAAUUUCAGACCUUAAAUGGAAAGGAAAUCUUUAUCCAGAGAAAUUUGAUUAUUUUAGGAACUGGUUUUAAUCAUCAUCUCUCAGUACCUGUUCUCUUUGAGGAAACAUUCUACAAUGAAAAAGAAGAAAGUUUUAGCUUAUUGUGUAUAGCUCAUCCCCUGGAAGAAUCUGAAAUCUUAGAAGAAUUUAAAACCCCAUCAAAUUCUUAUUCCCUGAAAAACAUUGAGGAUGUGAAAGAUUUUUUGGGAAGACAUUCUGAAAGAUUUGACAAACACAUUGCAUCUUUCCAUAGGACUUUUAAAGAACAUGAAAGAAAAAGCCUACGACAUUACAUAGAUUCUGUUAAUGCGCUUUACACCAAAUGCCUCCAGCAUUUAUUGAGGGAUUCUCACUUGAGGAUGCUUGCAAAGCAGGAACAUCAGAUGAAUCUGAUGAAACAAGCAGUUGAAAUGUAUGUGCAUCAUGAUAUUUAUGAUCUGAUCUUUAAAUAUGUGGGAACUAUUGAGGCAAGUGAGGAUGCAGCCUUUAACAAAAUUACAAGAAGCCUCCAAGAUCUCCAGCAAAAAGAUAUUGGAGUUAAGCCUGAAUUCAGCUUUAAUAUUCCACGUGCAAAGCGAGAAUUGGGUCAGCUGAAUAAAUGUACCUCCCCACAACAGAAGCUGAUCUGUCUUCGAAAAGUGGUGGAAAUUAUUAUGCAGUCUCCUAGCCAAAGAGUUAACAUGGAGACCAUGUGUGCAGAUGAUCUUCUCUCCGUUUUGCUGUAUCUGCUUGUAAAAACGGAGAUUCCUAACUGGAUGGCAAAUUUGAGUUACAUCAAAAACUUCAGGUUUUGCAGUUCAGCAAAGGAUGAACUGGGAUACUGCCUGACCUCUGCUGAGGCUGCUAUAGAAUAUAUCCGACAAGGAAACCUCUCCGACAGACCAACAGAAUCUGAGAAGUUUAGUGACAAGUUCUUGAGACAAAGAAUGAACUUGCUGUCCCAGAUGUCCACGACCCCAAUAGAUUGCUUGUUCAAGUAUAUUGCUUCAGGUAACCAGGAGGAAGUGGGACAAUUACUAAGUCAAGGUGAUAGUGAUAAAGACACUGUACAGAAAAUGUGCCACCCACUCUGUUUCUGUGACAACUGCGAGAAGCUGGUUUCUGGGAAGAUGAAUGAUCCUUCCAUUGUCACUCCAUUUUCCAGAGAUGACAGGGGAUACACACCACUUCAUAUAGCUGCUAUUUAUGGGCAAGCGUCAUUAAUUGACCUGUUAGUUUCCAAAGGAGCUGUAGUCAAUGCUACAGAUUACCAUGGUUCAACACCUCUUCAUCUUGCCUGUCAGAAAGGAUAUCAGAACGUUACACUUCUCUUGUUGCACUAUAAGGCAAGUACAGAUGUUCAAGACAAUAAUGGCAAUACUCCACUUCAUUUAGCCUGCACUUAUGGUCAUGAGGAUUGUGUCAAAGCUUUAGUCUAUUAUGAUGUACACUCUUGUAGACUAGAUACUGGUAACGAAAAAGGAGAUACUCCCCUCCAUAUAGCUGCUCGCUGGGGCUAUCAAGGAAUAAUAGAAGUCCUGCUGCAGAAUGGAGCCAACCCAGAUAUUCAAAACCGGAUGAAAGAGACUUCCCUGCAGUGUGCAUUAAAUUCUAAGAUUUUAUCAUUGAUGGAAUUAAACUACCUAACAUUUGAAAGGGGACAGAGUGCUUCUGAGUCUCCAGUUAGGUCUCCUCAGCAUUCAGCAGACACCUUCAGCAGAGGGUCAUCUGUCUCUAGCUUGUCAUCAGCGUCAGCAGACACCAGACAAGAAGUUAAAAAUAAUUACAAAGAGAUAGAAAAACUCUUAAGAGCAGUUGCUGAUGGAGAUCUGGAAAUGGUUCGCUAUCUUUUGGAAUGGAUGGAGGAAGAUAUAGAAGAAGCAGACGAAGCUGACGAUACAGUAACUCCAGAGCUUUGUCACCCAUUAUGCCAGUGCUCAAAAUGUGAGCCAAUACAAAAGAAGCUUGCAAGAAUCCCUGCUAAUGGACUUGGAGUAAAUGUUACAAACCAGGAUGGCUUUACACCACUACAUGUGGCUGCACUGCAUGGGCAUCCUGAGUUAGUCUACCUUUUGUUGAAACACGGUGCCAAUAUCAGUGCAAAGAAUACUAACCAUGCUGUACCUCUUCAUCUGGCUUGUCAGAAAGGUCACUUUCAGGUAGUAAAGUGUCUAGUGGAUUGCAAUGCUAAACAAAAUAAAAAGGAUGUACAUGGAAAUACUCCCUUAAUUUAUGCUUGCUUGAAUGGCCAACAUGAGAUUGCUGCCUUGUUGUUAGAGCAUGGGGCCUCAGUCAACCUUUCUAACAGAAAGGGAAAUACAGCACUGCAUGAGGCUGUGUUAGGAAAAUAUGAAGUCUUGGUAGAGCUGUUACUUCAGAAUGGUGCUUCGAACCACAUUAGGAACAAAAGACAGUGUACACCUCUUGACUGUGCUGAGCUGAAUUCAAAUAUCAUGAAGUUGCUACAAACAGCACCAAGCUAUGCACCAUCAUCAGCGGAGGAAGGAGAAACAGACUAUGGGCAGCAUGUUACUGUCAAGAUCAGGAAAAAAGUAAAUGUUAAGCUACCCGAGACAGCAGAUGAUCCCAUCAGCAGACGACUUCAGCUGGUCCAAUCAAUCAACAGGUUUAACAAAUCAAAAUAUUUACGGAGAACAAUAACAAGAGAUAAAAGUGUCCCUAAUUUUGAUGACGAAUUAUUGCAUCAGUUAGCUAUUAAGAGCUUUGAUAAGACCAAGUUAAAACCUAUUGACCAGAUGUUGGACCAGAGCAAAGUUAAGAUUAUUGAUGCAGAAAGCAGUGGUGAAUCUGUGAAACAGGAUGAUGUGAUAGAUGCUCCUCUUCGAAGUAAACUAAUGCACCGAAGACAUACAGUUAGUGUGGCACUUUCAGCAGAGAACGUCAGUGAUGACAGUGAUUUAUCCAACACAAGAGAUCCAAGUAUUUCACUGUCAAAAGACUGUUCUGGUGACUUGCUAUCAAAACACUAACAAGACAGUGUAAAUUUGCUGCCAAAAAUUAAAGAAGCAGGUGGUGCCAGUUUCAAGAUCCUCCUGCUGGGCAUUAAAGAAUUAAAUGAAACUUAGAAACUGUGCUUUCAAAAAUAGAUCAUAAAGAUGAAUCUUUAGCAGAGGCAGAAUGUUCCCGUAUGGCUUGCACUUUUGAAGACUAUUGUGGAGACCCCUCCCCAGCCAAUUUGUGACUGAUUUCAGGAAACUGAGACAUAUUGAAAUGUCCAAGUAUUUAGACAGAAAGAAGUGACUGUUUCCCAUUCCACUAUCAAAGCACUUAUUAAGGAAUUACUUAUACAGUAGAGGAGAAAAAGGCUAUAUGGUACUUUCUAGCUACCCACUUCUGUUUUUUAAAAGGCAUUUAAUUUUUUCUUUUCGGUUUUUGUCCCUAAAUUGGUUACAUUAUAUUUAUUGCCAGAAGGAAUUCAAAAUUCUCUAUUUUUAUUAUAAUGCCAUGAACCACUAUAGUGUUUAUUUAAUACCAUUUUAGAAAUUAGUGUAAUUUCUAUGUUGCAACUAGCUAUGCAAACAAUCCUUAAAAUCUACAACAUGAUGUAAAGACCUUUAAAUGAGAUGAACGGCAGUAUCCUGCAGUCCCUAUACAGACAAAGUGCCCACUGAUUUCAGUGGGACAUUUACCUGCAUAGACUCUGUAGGAUCAUGUAUACUGGGGAUGGAAUAAAGUAAAAUGCUCUCGACACAGAACAGCUUUGGACUGAAGAAUGUUCAGAUCCCAAUUAAAAUAUUCAUUUCUGUGCAGAAACGAGCAUGCUUAACACACACACAGUUGGCUUUUCCCCCGGAACAAAUCAGACAAAACCACACACAUUCACACCUCUGCACAUGGGCAGAAGUCUACAGCUACUAGGUAAGUGAUCUGGUAGGAAAAGUAAGAGUUUGCAGAAACUGGCUGCAUGUUAUCCUCUUUUUAAAGGUGAUCAUUUUAAAGGAUGCUCAUAAAUAACUAGAUGGAAGCUUAGAUGUGGAACUUGUUUCUUAACAUGUUUUCAGUUUAAAUUUUUUUUUUGAAGUGUGAAUUAAUCAGAAAAAGACUUCAAUAGCACAAUUCAGGUUCUUGAUAGUUUUGGUUUACACUGGUCACAUCCAAUUAACAUUGUUUCUUUUAUAAAAUAGUAAUAUAGACCAUUUUGAUUUUGUAUAGUGGUAUUGAUAACAUGCUUAGGGCACUGGGAAAUUGGAGGACUUCCCAUGUGAUUGUUUUCAAAUAGAUUUUUAAUGAGAGAGGUACAAGGUGCAGCCUGUACACACCACUGAAAAAACACUCAGCUGAAGGUUGCAUGUAUAUUUUUCUAAAUAAUUUGAGUUCAUUUAAUAUUCUAACUUGCCUUGGAGUUGUGCCAAAUGUUGGAAAAGAAAAAUAGUAAAAGUAAUGAUUCUUGAAA